UGACGGAAGAAAGGAGGAGAGAAUCACUUCAUAAUUACUGGUUAAAAAAACAGAUACGUUUUCUGGAUUCCGAACUAUGCAAACUCAUAAGGAGGGCCUAAUAUCGUUGUUGUACGAUUCCAAAGGAAGUACCUGUCGUGUCGACGUGACCCCUUUUCAACCCUUUGGAGUUAAAACUACUACGGAUUUAAGAUGUCGGACUCUUCAUUGAAAUGCCUUUUGUGUACAGUUGCAUUCAUUUUAGCAUUUGAACUCUUGGGAAUAAGAACAGAUGCUGCAUCUGGGGAAGGACCUAUUCUUGCUGAUGGACAUGAUCUAUAUUACAAAACAUUUAGAAUAUUACCUAUUCUAUCAGCUCCUCAAAGCAUAGUUAAUUCACCUGUCAUCAAGAUCUCACACAAGGACCAUGACGCUAUCCCCCGGAAGAAGCGCAACGUGCUUUUCCCCAGCGGGGUCAAACUCUGUGCUGAGGAGAGUGUGCAACAAUCCAUUGCAAAUCACCUCAGCUACUUUCACCUGCGAGUGUGUCAGGAGACGGUGUGGGAGGCCUUCAAGAUCUUCUGGGACCGCCUCCCGAACCAGGAAGAGUACCAGACCUGGAUGAGCCAAUGCCUGAAUGGCACAGCCACCGCUCUGGCGAUGGGCAACAACUUCAGCCAAUCAAAGGAGCACCUGGCCCUGAUUGAGAGUAGAAUGUUGCUGACAGGGUUAAACAGUGAGCCCACCAACUCAUGGCUGCAUAUGUGCAGCACCCCGACUCCAGCAACAGAACAGGAGGCUCUAGGAGAGGUCAUCAGUGAGUUCACCAUAGAAGGGACAGAGGUGGAGCUUCCUACAGAACCCACCAAUGACAUAGAGGUGUUGGCUCUGCCCACGCGGGCCCAGCUGGAGCAGGUGGUGGAGCUGAGUAUCCUGCUGAAGGGAGAGAGGUACAGCGAUGCUCUCAGAGACCCUGCCAGCCUCCAGUACCAGACACUCAACCAGCAGUUCACUGACAAGAUAGAAGAUGCUUUGGAGGGACUGCCAGGCUUGAAGAGUGUGGCUGUGCUGGAGUUCAGGUUGGAUGGUGUGGUGGUGGUCUAUGCAGUGACGGUGGAGGUGGAAGGGGAGUGGGUGAGCAGUGAGCAAUUGGACUACCUGACCCUGCAGUCCAACCUGGUGGAGAACUCCUACAGAGAGGUGGAGGAGAGGCCCACAGUGGUCUACACUAUCACUGACUUCAGGAACUACAUCACUGAGGCCCUGCAAAAUGACAACAUCAUCAGUGACACAACCCUGGCCCAAGUAGAGAGUGUGUCCAUUGUUCCUGAGUCCUUCGAGCCCACGGCUGGAAUUACCAAGGAUGACAGCGUGGAAAUAUUGGCUGCUGAGAUGACCCUAGAUGCCCCUGAGGUUAAAGCUGAGGAUGUGGCGACGGGAGAGAAUGAUGUUAUCAUUCUGGAGGAGAGUGUGACCCUCCCCCCUGAGCCUGAGGUGACCAUCGAUGACACGGGCAUGGAGGAGGAGGGUCUGCUGUUGGGGAACACUGUGGCUACAGAGAGCCCUCCCCUGGAGCACCUCCCUGCAGACCCUACCUCCCCCGAGCAGCCAGAGGGCACUACGCUCCCCGAGCCACCUCUGGAGAUAGAGGCCUCUGGGUCAGGUGUUGACGGACUCGAGGUCCUGUCCUUCCAGCCCGAGGAAGAGGAGGCUGUAGAAGAAGAGCCAGCUCCAGCUGCAGAUGAGGAACUUACCGUAGAUGAAGAGGUAAUUCUGGAAGAGGUGAUUAUAGAGGAAGAGAUCCUAACAGAGGAAGCAGAAGCGGAGGUCCCUGAGGAAGAGGAAGCAGUGGAGGUCCCUGAGGAAGAGGAAGCAGUGGAGAUCCCUGAGGAAGAGGAAGCAGCGGAGGUCCCUGAGGAAGAGGAAGCAGUGGUGGUCCCUGAGGAAGAGGAGGUAGAGGAGGAAGCAGAAGCGGAGGUCCCUGAGAAAGAGAAGGUAGAGGAGGAAGCAGAAGCGGAGGUCCCUGAGAAAGAGAAGGUAGAGGAGGAAGCAGUGGAGGUCCCUGAGGAUGAGGAGGUAGAGGAGAUCCCUGAGGAAGAGGAAGCAGCGGAGGUCCCUGAGGAAGAGGAAGCAGUGGUGGUCCCUGAGGAAGAGGAGGUAGAGGAGGAAGCAGAAGCGGAGGUCCCUGAGAAAGAGAAGGUAGAGGAGGAAGCAGUGGAGGUCCCUGAGGAAGAGGAAGCAGCGGAGGUCCCUGAGGAAGAGGAAGCAGUGGAGGUCCCUGAGGAAGAGGAGGUAGAGGAGGAAGCAGAAGCGGAGGUCCCUGAGAAAGAGAAGGUAGAGGAGGAAGCAGUGGAGGUCCCUGAGGAAGAGGAAGCAGCGGAGGUCCCUGAGGAAGAGGAAGCAGUGGAGGUCCCUGAGGAAGAGGAGGUAGAGGAGGAAACAGAAGCGGAGGUCCCUGAGAAAGAGAAGGUAGAGGAGGAAGCAGUGGAGGUCCCUGAGGAAGAGGAGGUAGAGGAGGAAGCAGUGGAGGUCCCUGAUACAGCAGAGGUUCUAGAAGAAGAAGCUGAACCCUCAGAAAACCUUGAGUACUCCAUCAUAGAGACAGAGACCAUAGAAGAGUUGGAGGAAGAGGCCCCUGCCUUCGUCCCUGUGGAAACAACGGAAGCUCCCGAGCCAGUGGAGAACCUUAAUGUCCCCGAGAAUCCCCCUGCCAUCGAGACUGUACCCCCAGAUGAGCCUGAAGAAGAAGCUAACGAGGUGUUUGCUUAUCCAGAAAUAACAGAAUAUGGAGAGGAAGUUAAGAGCGUAGAGGAGGGACCAAUCAUCGAGCAGCCAGUAACUGGAGAGGAUGCCUUGGAGGUGGCAGAAGAAGAAGUGGUGAUGGAACCUCCGGACAUUACUGAGAUCUCGGAGGAGGAUCUGGUAGAAGAUGAGAUGUUAUUGGUUGACGAGGCUGUUCCAGAGGCCGCUCAUCCCACCCCUCUCUCUGCAGAGAAGGAGUUGCCCUUCACCCGAGUCUCUGAUGCCAUAGUAGUGGAGGAGGCUACAGAGGCCACGGCCCUGGACACAGCCCCAGAACCAGAGGCAAAAUCAGGGAACCAGGGGGUCACCCCAGCUCUCAGACCCGCAAAGUACUACCCUGGCCCAGACAUUUCCAUCACUCUGGAGCUGCAGACGAUAGACCCUGUGACAGACUAUGACCAAACAGAGGAGGGGAGCAGCGGGCACCCCUCUGGAGGGGUACAUGGUAUGGACCACAGCGUUGCCAUGCCAAUCAACCCUGGGCGGGCGCUGAUGGUGUUCUUCAGUCUGCGGGUCACCAACAUGAAGUUCUCAGAUGACCUCUUCAAUAAGAGCUCCCCGGAAUACAAGGCCCUGGAACAAAGGUUCAUAGAGCUGCUGGUCCCCUACCUCCAGUCCAACCUUAGUAACUUCCAGAACCUGGAGAUCCUGAACUUCCGGAAAGGGAGUAUCGUGGUCAACAGCCGAAUGAAGUUCGGGAAGCCGGUGCCUCGCGGCGUCAACACUGCAGUCUACCUGAUCCUGGAAGACUUCGCUAACACAGCCUACCAGACCAUGAACCUGGCCAUCGACAAGUACUCACUGGACGUAGAGUCAGGUGACCAGGCGAACCAGUGUAAGUUCCAGGCAUGUAACGAGUUUGCCCAGUGUUCUGUGAACCGCUGGUCUGGCGAGGCGGAAUGUGUGUGUAAUGCUGGAUACUUCAGCGUGGACGGACUGCCCUGUCAGAGCAUCUGUGACCUGCAGACAGACUUCUGUUUGAACGACGGGAAGUGUGACAUCAUACCUGGACAAGGGGCCAUCUGCAGAUGUCGUGUAGGGGAGAACUGGUGGUACCGUGGAGAACACUGUGAGGAGUACGUGUCAGAACCGCUGGUGGUCGGAAUAGCGAUUGCCUCCGUAGCAGGUUUCCUAUUGGUGGCUUCCGGUGUGAUCUUCUUCCUGGCAAGGACACUACGGGAUCAGUAUGAUAAGGAUGAGACAGAGGACCCCAUACGGCGAGGGGAGAGUAUCCCGUCUCUAGAGAGGGCCACUAAGUACAACCCCAUGUAUGAGAGUGAGGCUACGAUGGGCUACAGCCACUACUACCGCCGCUACCCAGAGGCCCCGGUCUACAGCAGCACCAGUGCAGAGGCCUCCACAGACUUCAGCAGCGAGGAGAUACGCCACAUCUACGAGAACAGCGAACUGACCAAGGAGGAAAUCCAGGACAGGAUACGCAUCAUAGAGCUCUACGCGAAGGACCGGCAGUUUGCAGACUUUGUGCGUCAGCAUCAAACUGCCCUGGAUACACGCAGCGAGAGCGCCCUUGAUACAUGCAGAGAGAUCGCCCUUGAUACAUGCAGAGAGAUCGCCCUUGAUACAUGCAGAGAGAUCGCCCUUGAUACAUGCAGAGAGAUCGCCCUUGAUACAUGCAGAGAGAUCGCCCUUGAUACAUGCAGAGAGAUCGCCCUUGAUACAUGCAGAGAGAGCACCCUUGAUACACGCAGAGAGAUCGCCCUUGAUACAUGCAGAGAGAGCACCCUUGAUACAUGCAGAGAGAGCGUGUCCACAUAGACCUGUAUGGGACUCUCAGCUGUAUGCUGCGAAAAACAAGGUACCCUAUCCUUAACUUGUAAGCACCGGAGGGUCUUUGCUCUUGUCCCGCCCUGCUCUUCCUCCUUUGUCAGUGCCUUCUCUCGAUUGGGUGAGCUCUGCUGGAAUGAGUGUGGUGGCUGUGGGCAGAUCCUCUGCUCAUUGGAUGUCUUCCUUUCGGGGAAGACCCGCCUCCCUCCAUUUGGAAUCAUAUUUGUUACCUGAAAUGAUGACAUACAAAAUGCAAUGCUCUCCAGGAUACCUGUUCUUUAGGUAGCACAUAAGACAUAAUAGAGUAUUACCUUUGCAUUUAACGUCAUAUCUCAGCCCGUUGUUGUUGAGGGAAGAACAUAACACUCUGAACAUGUAAAUAUUGAUCCAUUGUAAUGCAGUGAUUGUCACUGCAUCUGCUAAUGUUGUAUGGACUGUUAUGGUUAAAGUACAUAUUAUGUAUGAACUAGAGCCAGUUCUCAAAGGGAUGGUUUAUACCAGGGGUGCACAACUCAGGCCCUCAGGUAACUCAGACCCUCAGGCAACUCAGGCCUUCAGGUAACUCAGGCCUUCAGGUAACUCAGGCUCUUUUGGCAAAUCUCACAUCUCAGCCCUACAGUGAGGGAAAAAAGUA